ACGCUUGAAGGUGAGGAUCCCUUAUCGUAACACUCUCACCCUUGGGUCAAACUUGUUUGUGUUUACGCAACCCACCCAACCCAACCCCUUCACGGUCCCACCCCUCCUCUCUUUCUCCUCCAUUGAAGCGGUCUCUGAAUUCACCAUUGAAGUGGCGAGUGAGCUUUCUCUCCUCCAUUAAACUAGCUUCUAAGGAUUAGAAUACAAAAGUCAGCAAGUGCUACUUGCCUCUGAAAGACCAUUCUUUCAGAUGCAAGUGCCAACAAUUAUUCAAGUCUUUGAUAGAUAACUUCCAUAGUGCCUCGAGAUAUGGAAGCACUUGCAUCUUCACAGCUACUACCAUACUUGAAUUCCAAGAGAUACUUGCCUCUGAAAGACCAUUCUUUGUGUAAUUUUCGCCCAAAAUUGCAUGCUCAAGUAGCCUCAAGAUCAGAGGAUUUAUCACUGAGCCAUCAUGUGCUUGAUAAGAUGCCUAGGACGGAUACUUUUGCUUGGAACCAGAUGAUCCGAACCCAUCUUGCUACUGGAGAGAUAGACAAUGUCAUGUACAUAUAUCAGCAAAUGUUAAUACGAGGUGUUUGCCCUGAUAAGCACACAAUUCCUCGAAUUUUGGCUGCUUCUCGUCUUUCAAAUUCCUUGUUUCUUGGCAGACAAGUUCAUGCACAUGCUGUUAAACUAGGUAUUUCUUAUGAAGACUAUGUCAUUACUGCAUUGAUGAAAAUGUAUGGCCAUUUAGAUGGUGCCAAAACAGUGAAACAGGUCUUCAAUACGUCGAGUGUGGGGAAAAGCUCUGUCUUUGGAACCUUGUUAAUCUCCAUGUAUUUAAAGGAAAAUAAACCCAGAUUUGCUAUAGACCUGUUUUACCAAAUGGUGACUCUGGGUGCUGACAUUGAUGCAGUGGCAAUAAUGACUGCAGUUGGUGCUUGUGGCAUGCUGCAAUCCUUGCACGAAGGAAGAAGAGUACAUGAGAUAGCCAAGUCUUGUGGAUUGGAAACUCAUGUCUUGGUAUGUAAUUCCUUGCUGAAAAUGUAUGUGGAUUGUGGAAGCAUUGAAAGUGCUCGUGAAAUUUUUGAUGUAAUGUCAUCUAGAGACCCCAUUUCUUGGACAGAAUUGAUCCGCGGUUAUGUGAAGAAUGGGGGAUUUAAUGAAGCGCUGAAAUUAUUCAAAAAGAUGAUGUCUGAGGGCAUUCAACCUGAUCUACAUGCAGUAUCAAGCAUUUUACCUGCAUGUGCAAGAAUGACUGCCCAUAAGCAGGGCAAAGAAAUUCAUGGUUACUUGAUCAGGAAUGGUCUUGAAAUGAAUGUUACUGUGGAGAAUGCUCUUAUAGACAUGUAUGUCAAAUCAGGAUCCAUCGGUUCUGCUUCUAAGAUCUUCAGUGGAAUGACAACUAAAGAUGCCAUUUCGUGGACAAUAAUGAUCUAUGGCUACAGCCUUCAUGGACAAGGAGCACGUGGGGUUAAAUUGUUCCAUGAAAUGAAAAAAACCAAUCUUGAAAUUGAUGAAGUUGCAUAUUCUUCUGUUCUCUAUGCUUGUGUGGUAGCUAAAUUAGUUCAGGAAGGGAAGACACUCUUCAAUUUUAUUAAGAGACCUAAUGUCAGGCAUUAUGCUUUUAUGGUUUUGCUUCUGGCCCGUGCUGGAUAUUUCUAUGAGGCAAAGAUCUUUAUUGAGAAAAAUCAACUCGGACAACAUACAGAGGUUUUAAGAGCUUUAUUAGAUGGGUGCAGGAAUCAUCGAAAUGUUAAAACAGGGAAGAAAAUUAUUGAACAGCUUUGUGAUUUGGAACCACUUAAUGCUGAUAAUUACGUUCUAUUGUCAAAUUGGUAUGCUAGCUAUUCAAAAUGGGACUCGGUGAAUAAAAUGAGGGAAACAAUCAGAGACAUGGGCUUGGUACCUAAGAGAGCAUAUAGUUGGAUAGAAUUCUGCAAUAAAAUACAUGUAUUUGGGACUGGUGAUGUAUCCCACCCAAGAUCUGAAAAAUUGUACUGGGAACUCCGAUGUUUGAUGAUGAAGAUAAAGGAAAAGGAGUACGCUUUUGACGCAGAUUUUAGUCUCCAUGAUGUUGAUGAGGAGAGAGAAUGCAUUCCAAUGGGGCAUAGUGAAAUGCUUGCCAUUUCCUUUGGUUUAGUUAGCACCCAAAGGAGUACAAUUCGGAUAACUAAAAACAGUCAUGUUUGUCACAACUGUCAUGAAAUGGCAAAAGUCAUAUCUAGAAUAGAAGCUCAAGAAAUAAUAUUGAAGGAUCCCAAUUGCUUUCACCAUUUUAAGGAUGGACAAUGCUCUUGUGGAGACUCGUGGUGAUGUUGCAUUGUGAAGGUAUAUAUGUUUACUGUUAUGAACCUCAGGCGCAUUACUUGAGAAAAAGAUGGGGAUUUGCACCUUCUUCUGAUGAUUGCAGCCUGAUUUAUCAAUCUCAGCCUCUCAGGAUUGGGAGGAUGGCUAAACUGCAUAAUUAAGUGAGAGUGAUUGAUGAAUCCUAGACUUUUGAUUCUUUAAUUAUCGUGAGUCUCCUUUGUCAUGAAGCAGUCACUGUCUCCGAGAACUGAACAUCACCAACACACUUGUGAUUUUGUGAAGGACUAGUCAAGCCCUGCAGGCUUAGACUUGAAUUUCCAAAAUCUGUGAUUGGUUAAGGUGGUCCAUGUGAAAUGACGGGGUUGCUUGGUGUGCAAAGCUUCCGAUUCAAUCUUUUGUCAGAGGGUUAUGUUGAACGAUUGCAAUGCUUAAAGUUUUGGGUCUUGUAGUCAAGGACUCAAGGUCAUUGGGAGGCCAGAAGCCGCAGACUACAGUAAUGAAGAUGUGAUUUUCUUUGUUACCGUAUCUAAUAGUAAUUGCCGCUUCAAAAACAAUUAUUUUGCUAAAGAAGUGAAAUUUAAGAGCAGGAUGCCAAUGAAUCUCGAAAUUUGGCUCAUAAGGUCUGAUUCAAGCAACUAAGAACUCUGGCUGAAAUCAGAUAUCCUAAGCUCCAAUUUUUCUACAAGGACAACAUAAUCUGUUAUUUCAAAAAGGUAUGGUGUUAUACUGCCAUAAGAUUGUUUUGCUACAAAUCCUAUUCCCAGUGUUUGCUUUUUAUUCUUCAGAUUACAUUUUAGUGCUCAGACUGCUCACGUUACUCACCUCACAGAGUCGAUAAAUAAACAAUGCAUUAUAGCUAAUGACCUUUAAACUCUCAUGGUAUCAGUACAUUUUACUGCUUAUAUACUGCUUGUAAUUGGUAUGGGAUUCAACGUAUUCAAAGGUAUGGGAUUCAACUUAUUCGACUAUUAAAAUCCUGAUCUGUAUCUUGUUCAGUUUAACCAAUUGUGGACUUUCCAAACUUCUGGUUACAUCAGAGUUCAUACCUGAAGUAGAGUUGGCAGUUUGCUGUGCAAGCAUGCCGUUUGCUUGAAUUCUUCCACCACAAGUUAAACUCAAUUAGUAAUUACAUUGCCACCAAAGUCCCCAUUUUCUUUUGGAAUGCCCACAAAUCCUCUACCAUGGGAUAAAAGUAUAUUUGAGCAACGCGCAAGACUUGUGUAUAUAUGCUCAAAAGUUAUAUUGUUUCCUACUUCGUUGUCUGCUUUAUGGAACUUUCUGAUAUAUUUCGUACGACUUAAAAAGCUAUGUGAAGAGAAGAAGUUGGUAAUUCGUUAAGAGGGUCGAAUAUUGCUUUGUCGAAUUGACAAGAUUUACAGAUAUUUGCUUCCUUCAACUUUUUUCGACAACUGAAAUGUUCAACACGCCUACAAGAAGCAAAUCCAGCAGCAUAUUGGACAACUAAUGUCGAUAACAAUUGGUAUCUACUACCUCUGAUAAUUUUCAAUUGCAACUUUGGGCUAUUACUUGUGAGGUAUAAAAUAUUUCAAAGUUGUAACUAAAAGUUAACAGAGGUAGUAUAUAUUCUUCCAUGUAAUAGUUCUUACGGUAUUUAUUUUCAAUUAUUGUUUUUGAUGCAUUAGUGUUCCCUUUAUCAGAAGGAUGGUCUCCUAAUACUUCUUUCUCCGUAUUUAUUAUUCUUGUAAUAAAAUUUACAAUAAAUGAGCUAUCAAUUUUAUCAU